AUGCUUCCCUUCGACAUCUCCCCAAUUCAACAGCGCGGCGACGCUGUCAACGCUGCUUACAGCGAUGGCGACGCACCGGAGUUCUUGAUUACCAGCAUUGCCGGCCCAGGCGAUAAAUCGCAUGCCUCGCCUCUGGAGCCGGCAUCCCUGGCAUCCCACUACGCGCUCCCUUGUGGACCAAAGUCGUCCUGUCGUCGGGGUGACGGAUGUGUCAGGCACCCGCACCUGUCUGCAUUUUACCGUCGGUAUCGAAAUGCCGAGUCGCCUCAGGCUACGAUAGAUGACGAGGGUAUUGAGGGUGACGAGCCCGAGCCGGCCGAUGCUGCACUGCCCCUGCAGCCGCCUAACAGCCAACUCGAGGCGGACCACCAUCCUUCCAAUGGGAUUUGUCCUACCGUGCGGCCGCACGUAGCGGAGAGCCGGACACGCACACCCACGCUGCCGGACGACGAGAGCACCGGCGAGCUCGAACCGGCAUAUACCGAGCCACGCCUUCAGCCCCAGAGCCCAUGCGGCGCCGCCUCCGGCCGUGGGGUUGAUCCACAACAGAGGUCCGGCAGCUGCGGCCUCUCUCAACAUAGUGAUCACCGUGACGACAACGACCAAGCGAGUGACCUAGAACAACGUCAUUCUCUCGCUCCGGACGACAGAGGAGAGAAAAGCGAUGAAGAGGGCCCUGCCGCGCCGCCGCAAGCGCGGAAGAGUCGGGCAGGCAUGCCCGGUUUGUCGGGCGACAAGAGCGACAACGAACGUGAGCUGGCCAAUACCGAGGCGUCCAUGCAGUCGUUCGCCAGUCAGGAGCCGGUCGGUCAGCCUUCAGCAUAACAUCGGUCGUCGUCCACGUUGACGUGGUUGCGAUGGUGACGACGAGGAGGACUGCUCGCCCAUGGUGGGAAGUGACGCCAAGGAAGGCAAGGAUGACCGCCACGAGGGAAGCGCCGCAGUAGAACGGUGCCCGGGCGGCAGACACGUCUGCGUUGCACCAAAUCCCCAUCACCACAGACUCAAGGACCACCACCAACCCAAGGCCCAAAGCGCCGCCAAAGUCAGCGAAGCAUUUCCGAACCGCAACCUUCAGGGGUUCCGCUUUGGAAGAGGAGAUACUCAAGACUGCUUUUCAAGACUGCUUACGCAAACUUCGAGGGCCUCAACCGCGUUUUGGUGGAUAGGAUGGCGGCUUCUUAGGUGGAAUUCACGUGGAACCCCUGUAUGAGUCAUGGAGGAAACGACCACAC